AUUCCUACGAGGUGGGGGGGAAGAAACGCGUUAUUAGCUGGCGGGCCUUUUUCACCGAAUCCUGAAUGCGGCGCGAAAACCGCAGGUAGAACACGCUUUCAAGACGUGGGAAGGGACGGGCGCCUUCCGCUGCCUCUUCGUGCUUUCCUUUCCCGGGUGUACUCCCAACCCUCCUAUUUCCAGAGACUAAGUGGUGCGUUCCGCGGCGAACGGGAUCGGGGAGGCUUCGCCGCCAUUUUGUCCGUGGUUUGUGAGCGGGGCGGGCUCAGCGCUGAGGAGAGGCCGCCGCCAGCAUGUAUAUCAAACAGGUGAUCAUCCAGGGGUUCCGAAGCUACCGAGAUCAGACUAUAGUAGAUCCCUUCAGUUCAAAGCAUAAUGUCAUUGUGGGCCGAAAUGGUUCUGGAAAAAGCAACUUUUUCUAUGCAAUUCAGUUUGUUCUCAGUGAUGAAUUCAGUCAUCUUCGUCCUGAACAAAGGUUGGCUUUGUUGCAUGAAGGCACAGGUCCUCGUGUUAUUUCUGCUUUUGUGGAAAUCAUCUUUGACAACUCGGACAACAGGUUACCAAUUGAUAAAGAAGAAGUAUCUCUUCGCAGAGUCAUUGGCGCUAAAAAGGACCAGUAUUUCCUAGACAAGAAAAUGGUGACGAAAAAUGAUGUGAUGAACCUUCUUGAAAGUGCUGGAUUUUCUCGCAGCAACCCCUACUAUAUUGUCAAGCAAGGAAAGAUCAACCAGAUGGCCACAGCUCCUGACUCUCAGAGAUUAAAACUGUUAAGAGAAGUAGCUGGCACUAGGGUAUAUGAUGAACGUAAAGAAGAGAGCAUCUCCUUAAUGAAAGAAACAGAGGGGAAAAGGGAGAAAAUAAAUGAGCUGUUGAAAUAUAUAGAAGAGCGAUUACAUACUUUGGAAGAGGAGAAAGAAGAGCUUGCUCAAUAUCAAAAGUGGGAUAAAAUGAGAAGAGCACUGGAGUACACCAUUUAUAAUCAGGAACUUAAUGAAACCAGGGCUAAACUUGAUGAGCUUUCUGCCAAAAGGGAAACAAGUGGAGAAAAAUCAAGGCAAUUGAGAGAUGCACAGCAGGAUGCUCGAGAUAAAAUGGAGGAAAUUGAACGGCAAGUCCGAGAACUUAAAACCAAGAUUUCAGCUAUGAAGGAAGAAAAGGAGCAGCUCAGUGCUGAAAGACAGGAACAGAUUAAACAGAGGACCAAACUAGAGCUUAAAACGAAAGACUUGCAAGAUGAACUGGCUGGAAAUAGUGAACAACGGAAAAGACUCUUGAAAGAGAGGCAGAAACUUCUUGAGAAAAUUGAAGAAAAACAGAAAGAACUAGCAGAAACAGAACCAAAGUUCAAUAGUGUAAAAGAAAAAGAGGAACGAGGAAUUGCCAGACUGGCACAGGCCACCCAGGAAAGAACAGAUCUUUAUGCAAAGCAAGGUCGAGGAAGUCAGUUUACAUCAAAAGAAGAGAGAGAUAAAUGGAUUAAAAAAGAACUGAAAUCCUUAGAUCAAGCUAUCAAUGACAAGAAACGGCAGAUCGCUGCUAUACAUAAAGAUUUAGAAGACACGGAGGCUAACAAAGAGAAGAAUCUGGAGCAGUAUAGUAAACUGGAUCAGGAUCUUAAUGAAGUGAAAGCUCGUGUUGAAGAACUGGACAGAAAAUACUAUGAAGUGAAGAACAAAAAAGAUGAACUACAGAGUGAGAGAAAUUACUUGUGGAGAGAAGAGAAUGCAGAACAGCAAGCUCUUGCUGCAAAACGGGAGGACUUGGAAAAGAAACAGCAGCUUCUUAGAGCAGCAACAGGAAAGGCUAUUCUAAAUGGCAUUGACAGCAUAAACAAAGUCUUGGAGCAUUUCCGUCGCAAAGGCAUUAACCAACAUGUUCAGAAUGGCUAUCAUGGAAUAGUAAUGAAUAACUUCGAGUGUGAGCCUGCUUUCUACACCUGUGUUGAAGUUACUGCAGGAAACAGGCUUUUUUAUCAUAUUGUAGACUCUGAUGAAGUUAGUACCAAGAUAUUAAUGGAGUUCAAUAAAAUGAAUCUACCUGGAGAAGUAACUUUUCUGCCUCUGAACAAGCUGGAUGUUAGAGAUACUGCAUACCCUGAAACCAAUGAUGCUAUUCCUAUGAUCAGUAAACUAAGAUACAAUCCAAGAUUUGAUAAAGCCUUCAAGCAUGUUUUUGGAAAGACUCUUAUUUGUCGUAGUAUGGAAGUGUCUACCCAGCUGGCCAGAGCUUUUACUAUGGAUUGUAUUACUCUGGAAGGUGAUCAAGUCAGCCACCGAGGGGCUUUGACUGGGGGUUAUUAUGACACAAGAAAGUCUCGACUUGAACUGCAGAAAGAUGUAAGAAAGGUGGAAGAAGAACUAGGAGAACUUGAAGCAAAGCUCAAUGAAAACCUGCGAAGAAACAUUGAAAGGAUUAAUAAUGAAAUUGAUCAGCUAAUGAAUCAGAUGCAGCAGAUUGAAACCCAACAAAGAAAAUUCAAAGCUUCCAGAGACAGCAUCUUAUCGGAAAUGAAAAUGUUGAAAGAGAAGAGACAGCAGUCAGAGAAAACAUUUAUGCCUAAGCAACGCAGCUUACAAAGUUUGGAGGCAAGUUUACAUGCUAUGGAAUCAACCCGGGAGUCUUUAAAAGCAGAACUGGGGACAGACCUGUUGUCGCAGCUCAGUUUAGAGGACCAGAAACGAGUUGAUGCUCUUAAUGAUGAGAUCCGACAGCUACAGCAAGAAAACAGACAGCUUUUGAAUGAAAGGAUCAAGCUUGAGGGGAUCAUCACACGAGUCGAGACUUAUCUGAAUGAGAAUUUGAGAAAGCGCUUAGACCAAGUUGAACAGGAGCUGAAUGAGCUGAGAGAGACAGAAGGUGGCACUGUUCUUACAGCAACAACAUCAGAGCUUGAGGCUAUCAACAAACGAGUGAAAGAUACGCUGGCACGCUCAGAAGAUCUGGACAAUUCAAUUGAUAAAACAGAAGCAGGAAUCAAAGAACUCCAAAAGAGCAUGGAGCGCUGGAAGAACAUGGAGAAAGAGCACAUGGAUGCUAUUAAUCAUGACACAAAAGAGCUUGAAAAAAUGACUAACCGGCAAGGCAUGCUUCUGAAGAAGAAGGAGGAGUGUAUGAAGAAAAUCAGGGAAUUGGGGUCACUUCCCCAGGAAGCGUUCGAAAAAUACCAGACUUUGAGCCUGAAGCAGCUAUUUCGCAAACUGGAACAAUGCAACACAGAACUGAAAAAAUACAGUCAUGUCAAUAAAAAAGCUCUAGAUCAGUUUGUGAACUUCUCAGAGCAGAAGGAGAAGUUGAUAAAACGUCAAGAAGAGUUGGACAGGGGCUACAAGUCCAUCAUGGAGUUGAUGAAUGUCCUUGAACUCAGAAAAUAUGAAGCUAUCCAGCUGACAUUCAAACAGGUCUCAAAGAACUUCAGUGAAGUCUUUCAGAAGCUGGUGCCUGGGGGGAAAGCUACACUCGUGAUGAAGAAAGGUGAUGUGGAAGGCAGUCAAUCUCAAGAUGAAGGUGAAGGUGGUGCUGAGAGUGAAAAGGGAUCAGGAUCUCAAAGUAGUGUUCCUUCUGUAGACCAGUUCACUGGAGUUGGGAUUAGGGUGUCAUUUACUGGCAAACAAGGUGAAAUGAGAGAGAUGCAGCAGCUUUCUGGUGGACAGAAGUCACUUGUAGCUCUAGCCUUAAUUUUUGCUAUCCAGAAAUGUGACCCUGCGCCGUUUUACCUCUUUGAUGAAAUUGAUCAAGCCCUAGAUGCCCAGCAUAGAAAGGCAGUUUCAGAUAUGAUCAUGGAACUGGCAGAACAUGCUCAGUUUAUUACCACAACUUUCAGGCCAGAACUGCUCGAGUCUGCUGAUAAAUUUUAUGGUGUAAAAUUCAGAAAUAAGGUCAGUCAUAUUGAUGUGAUCACAGCAGAGAUGGCCAAAGACUUUGUGGAAGAUGAUACUACUCAUGGAUAAGUGGCAGAGAGCUGUCAGCCUGUUGGGAAAGUCUGUAAAAUAUUUGUUUCUACACUGGGCAGCUGUGUAAAAUCUGAAAUACAUUGUGACUGUUCAAAAGCUAUUUUAACAUAAGUUAAUGGAGCAUCUGAAUAUUAUGACUUCUGUAUACAUUGGAUUCCAUUUUACAUAUGUGCUGUUAAAUUCUUUUAUAAAAUACCUGUUAAUUUUACCUUCAUACUAUACCUGUAGCUUUAAAAAUGUACUUUUAAUGUGUCUUUUUUGCUGUUUUAACUUUUUGGAGUUUUAAAUGCCAGUUCUUCCUUCCCAGUUACAAUUUUAAUGUUUAUACUGCCUCACAUGGUUUUUUAAAAUAGCUUCAAUAAAAUAAUUGUUUUUAAUGCUGUAAUUUAGAUACAUGUUCUUGAUAUUGGGAACUGCUAUACUGUCUACUAUCACUUCAUGUAGAAUGCAGUUUGUUUAUGUGUAUGGAGAUCAAUAUUUGGCAAUAGAGCUUAUAGAUGAAUUUACUCCUGGCUUGUAGGUCACUGGCUUUUUAGAUGUCAUGAUAGGUUACAGAGAUUGGUUGUAAAUCUUUACGUAAGCUUCUGCUUGUGAUUUAUGGGCUUCGGUGCCUCACAAUCAGAUAGGUUUUCUAUCCCAUCAUCUUUACUCUAUAGCUUAGGAACUCAUGCAACUCUGAACACCUAUCAUGCUCCACUUCAAGUUAGUUAUAUGCACAGCAUCUGUUCUGGUUAAAUGAAGUAUCUCAUAUUUCUACCAUUUUCAUUGCUAGAUAGCAUGGGGUGGGGAAUUUUGAUUCUACAUAAUUUGAUGUAUUAGUGCAACAUACUUAUUCUACAGAUGUUUUACAACAGGUGUGGGGAAACUUUGGCCUUCCAGUUAUUACUGAACUACAACUCCCAUCAGUGCUAGCAAAGUUGGCCAAUGGACAGGGAUUAUGGAAGCUGUAGUUCAGCAGCAACUGGGUCAUUCAUAUAGAUUCUCCCACAGAUUAUAUCUAAGAUUAAAAUCAUGAGUUAUCCCAAUCUAUGAGUGACUCCACAAGUAUGUCACCUCCUUUCAGGUUUCAGUAUAGCCAUGUCAAAGAGAGAGAGGUUUACAUCCUUCACACAUGAUAUCAUUGCAGAAGUGGAGCACUCUGGAGAGCAAGACUUAUGUGAGAAUUUACCUCAAAGUACCUUCCUUGAUCAUCUUCAAUUGUACAAAGCAAGCAAGCAGACAAAAACAAAAACCCAUUCAGAUGCAUCAGCUGUGCUGCAUUAGCAGGAAAAAGAUAUUAGUUUGGUUUAAUACUGACCCCCUCCCCUAGUAAUUUAGGAUAGUAGCCAAGCAAUGUAGGAUUAGUUCCAUGUUUAUGUCUGACUAGAUUCAGAUGGGCAAUCCAAAAUAUAUUAUUUGCUAUUGGCAGAGCCAAACUAGCAGCUGGUGGCAUUGUAAAAUAAAACUUUUAGAAUGCCAAGCCAGGGAGGCAAGCCAAGGCUUCAUUUAGUGUUGCUCGAGUAAACAAUCUCUUAAUACUUCAAAGUGUUUUAAAAAUCUGUGCAUAGGUUUACUUUCUUUUUUACAAAGUACAGUUUUUAAGGAGCUGAUCAGUAAAUGCUUU